AUGACGACCUUCCCUGUGCCUGAGAUCCUACGCACCCCUCUGGAGAGCCUGGUGGUACAGGCCAAGAUCCACAGCCCCACUGCAAGUGGUGGGUCUCUCCAGGCAGUGGAUUUCUUAUCGCAGGUGUUGGACAGCCCAGAGCGAGAGGCUGUGACUGAUGCUGUUCGCAACCUGCAAGAGAUUGGUGUUCUGGACAAGACAGAGGCCCUGACUCCCCUGGGGGAGAGAGUAGCCUGUCUGUCCUGUGACCCGCGCCUGGGGAAGGUGCUGGUGCUUGCUGCUCUGUUCCGCUGUGUCCUGCCCCUGCUGUCAGUCACAGCCUGUCUCACCAGAGACCCUUUCACAACAGCAUGCAGAACAGAGCCCUGGUCUCUAAGGCUAAGGAAGACCUGGGAGGUUCAAGCUACAGUGAUUACCUGGUGUUCAGUCGAGCCGUGUUGGGCUGGAGGAGUGUUCAGCAAGAGAGGGACAGAGAGACCAGACAGGGACUACUUGAACAGAUACACACUGUCUGGAGCCGGCCUGCGCUUCAUCAAUGGUCUGACUUCCCAGUUCAGUGAGAACCUCCCUUGA